AUGAAGGGAAUCGCCAAAGCAAUGAAGCGCACGCCGCACCUCAUGACCUCGCGAAUCGGCAUGGCGGCAAAAUCCUCAGAUCCUGCUUUCGACUCGCUCAACCAACGUUUCACCAACCUCGAAAAGCUCUGCGAGAAGCUCCUCAAGGACUCGACCACCCUGCGCGACACGGUCAAGAACAUGCUUCUGGCGGGCGCCAACUUCGGCCGUCACUUUGACACUCUCUUCCAGCCCAUCGGCUCAGAAUACGAUCUGGAGCGCAAACACCCCAAUGCACAGACAACCAUGACCAACCUGGCGCACUACGGUCAGCUCAUGGACGAAUUGAAGGAUACACUCACCCCGGAAAUCGAGUUGAUCGAGAGCAGAGUCGUUGCUCCCACAAGGGAGUUCCAGAACAUCGUCAAGGGCAUCCGCAAGAACAUCACAAAGCGCGAUCACAAGCUCGUCGACUUUGACCGUCACAACAACUCCUACUCCAAGUUGCGCGACAAGAAGGACAAAUCGCUCAAGGACGAACAGAGCCUGUUCAAGGUCGAGCAGGAGUACGAGACUGCUGCCGCCGAUUACGAGUACUACAACAAUGCGCUCAAGGAGGAGCUGCCGAGGUUCUUCGAGUUGGCGAGCGCUUUCAUGACGCCGCUCUUCCACAGCUUCUACUACAUGCAGCUGAACGUCUUUUACCUCACCAUGGAACGAUUGCAGAGCUUCGCAGAGGGCAAGUACGACCUCAGCAACAACUCUAUUGCCGUUGUGGAGGAUGCCUACGUGGCGCAGUUGACCGAUGCUGCUGAACGCCUGGAGAACCUUACGAUUCGACGAGGUGCGGUUCCCAGUGCCAAGAUUCUGGCCCAGAAUAGGUCAUCGUCAGGGGGUCUCAGUCCGUCCGGCUCACGCAUCGGCGGUCUUGGUGCAGGAGCACCCAGUCGAUCCGGUUCCAUCCUCAGCACAUCGAGCACUUCCGGCUUGCACACCGCUCCACCCGCCUACACCUCGACAUCAGCCGCAAGCGCCGCAGUAGCCGGCAAACGCGCCCCACCACCUCCCCCGACCAAACCAAAACCAGGCGCCGCCCUCGCAAAGAACUACGUCGUUGCCCUGUACGACUACGUCGCCACCGCCGACGGCGACCUCAGCUUCAACGCUGGCGACAGGAUCGAAGUCACCGAACGAACUCCUUCGACUGACGAUUGGUGGACGGGAAUCGUUAAUGGACAGAAGGGUGUGUUCCCAGGAAACUAUGUCAGGGAGGAGUAG